AAGAGGGUGUGGCUUUUUUUUUACACAGAGAGAGCAGAUAAGCUGAGUUUGCCUUGUAGAAAAGGGGCAGGAGUCACAAUCCCGAACAGACAGCCACUUACUUUCACUCUGCUGGGCUCGCAAAACAGUCCAGCUGCACAUUUCCUCUCACUCUAUCCCUCUCUUGUGCAUUCUUCCAGCGGUCUGAAGACACUGGGCAACUUUUCCAGAGCGGAGAAGUGAAAACACACAAAGAGGACAGCUCAAGAGAAACUUCAACACACAGCCAUGAAGGACAAAGUGAGGAGAGGAGGAGGAAGAAAUCAGGCUAAGACUGAUGUAAUCGGUGUGACUGGUGGAAAGAAUGCUGUUGGUAUUAAGCAUGAUGAGAACACAUCAUUCCCUGUGAAGAUCCAGGGAGCAGGAGUAGAGCCAUUUGAGCUGCAGGUUCACGGAUUUUGGCUUGUCCAAGAUGCAAUAAUGACCCUGCUUUCGAGGAAUGAGGUGUGUCCACGCUCCAGCCUGUCACUGGCUCUAGCUGGUAUGACUUUGGAUCCCCUCGUGGAACUGCAAAGCCUCAAGAGCCUAAAACCAGGAGCCAUCGUUCGCCUGGUGGAAGAGCCCUACACUGCCAGCUCAGCCAGGCUCCAUCUGGCUCGUGUCCUGGACCUGCUGAGAGCAUCUGGACCCCAGGAUGCACUGAGAGAAGGGCGCUCACCGAGCGUACUGGAGACAAUCACGCAUACACAAACACAAGACUCCAGCUUACCAAACGGAAAGAGCUUGAAACGCUCUUUAAGCAACACGAAAACAGAAUCAACCAACCAGGAUGGAGCUCCUCCUGAAUACCUCCUUCCUGGCUCCUCAGAAAGACCACUCAUGGCCGUGCUUCCACAUAGCUCCCAGCCAGAGGCUCCCAGUUACCUGAAGGACCUGUCCCUCAGCUGCUGGAACCCGCCACCAGGACACAGGAAGCUGCAGGGAGACUUCCUGUACAUCUCUGUGGUGACAAUAGAGGGACGGCGGUGUGAGAUCACAUCCUGUCCAAAAGGGUUUUUCCUCAACAGGUCUACAGAAGAUGUGUUUGAUCCUCGUCCUGCACAGUCUUCUCCAGUUUGUCACUGUUUCACAGACCUGCUCUGUCACAUCAGCCCUGCCUUCAAGCAAACCUUCACCACACUCAAAAACAGGCCUCAGUUACCACCAGUAGAGGUGAUUCCAACUCCAUACCACACACUGAGCUGGCUCGGGCCUCCCUGUGCCUCUCGUACUCACAAAAAUACCUUCAGCAGACUGGGAGUGGAUGAGCAGGCAGCAAGACAGGCUCCAGACUGGAAUGAGGAGUUGCAAGCAGCCAGAGAUCUUCCACAAGGCACCCGGGAGGAGAGGCUGCAGAGAGACAGAGCUGUGAUCCAGGUAAACAGUGCAUUUGUGAGGGCUGUCAUGCAGGGGGCAGAGACUGUUGUAGAUGGCUUUGUGGAGCCAGUAAAUGGAAAUCCAGAGGACCCAGCUUUCCUGUGGGGUGGCCUGUUCAUGAGCCAGGGGGCAGCGAGCAUGGUGUUUGGCGGAGAGAGGGGUCGCAGGGCAACUCAGAGGCUGGAGCUUAAAGGAGUACAAGCCUACAGCGAACUAGAGGGAUUGGAGGGGCUUCACACACUACCUACAGCCGUUGUAGACUAUAGAGGUGUGCGCCUGUCUGCCCAGGGUUUAGCCCCUGGCCUGGAGGGCUCAGAGCAGGACCAGGAAACUACUCCUGCAUCAAGAGGCUUGCUGUAUGGGGUAAAUGCAGGACCCCAAGAAUCCCCUCAACGCAGACGGCUGCUGGCGCUCUUGGCUCACGCCGCCAAAUCUCUUUCCCUCCAGAGACAUGUUGUUGUGGCACCCAACGACCACAAGAUACCACUGUUCACCUCAGUGGAUGCUCAGGGAUUGUUGGGGGCUGAUGGGAGGUUCUACAUACUGGAUGUGUUCAGGACCUUUCCAGCUGACGCCAACUUCUGCCCAGAGGCAGAGAUGGAAAGUCAGACAGUCACAGGAGAAGAGGAGAAGAAAGAAAGCUGUGAAGACGAGGAGAAGAAGGAUUCUGUGAAAGAAGGCUGGCCAGAGAAUUAUCACAUGGACUCUGGGCUUCCAAAGAGCUUUCCUCACAGCCUCUGUAGACUUAGGCCAGAACUGGUGCAGGCUUUCAUCCAGCACAAACAUUGCCAGUUCACUGAGCGUGUCAGGGAGAGGUUGGAUGACAAUGGAGGCUUUGAAGAAUGUGCAACAGCUUGUGACUCUCGAGCCACAGAUGCAGUACGAGCUGCUUGUAAAGACGUGGGUUCAGUCAGUGACAUCAUCUUUGAGAUGCGCUUUAACCCAAACAUCUUUUCUCCAGGAGUGUCCUUCCCUCCUGGUGAAAGUGCAUCAACAAACCUGCAGGAGAGGUUACUGAGGGAAGCUGCAGCUUUCAUCAUCACACACCAGAUACCAGCCUUUGUGGAACAUUGCCUACAAAAUCACGAGGCACCGAUGGAUGGAGCUUCUCUAAAACAGGCACUACACCAGCAAGGCAUCAACCUCCGGUAUCUGGGCCAUGUGAUCAAGGCCAUCAACCAGUCAGAACACAAGGAGCGCCUGAGGCAUAUAAUGAGAUUGGUCAUAGGUGAAAUUUUCAUCCGCUCAACAAGAAGAGUGUUCAACAGUUUCCUCCAGGGCGUGGAUGUGCCUAGUCUCUCUGCAGCUGUCAGUCACUUCCUCUGCUGCCUAUUGGUUCCCCACUUCACGCCCACUCCUGUGGGGGAGGAGACGAAAAAGAAGUCAAGGCGGCGUGGCCGAGGGGCCGGGGCCUCCGAAAGCACGCCCUGGAGCACGCUCACGGGGGCUGAGCUGUGGAACCUGGUCUGCCAGGAUGCUGUUGAGACAUACAACAUCUCUGACAGCCUCGGCUCUGGUCCGAGCCACCUCGUGGAGCACUACGGCCUUCAGAGGCUUUCUCUGCUCAGAGAGUUCUGCCUAAAGAACGGUGUACAGUUGAGGCUGAGGGACUACAUCCUUGACAACCAAAAUAAAGCUCCCAUUGGUCCAGAUGACGUCCUCAACAUCUUCCCUGUUGUCAAGCACGUUCACAUGCCAACUGUGGAUGCUUCAAAGGCAUUUAGCGCUGCACAGAACUCCAUCAGGAAAGGUCUGCUGGAUCAGGCCUAUGAGCAACUGACAGAAGCAGCCUACUUGUUUGGUAGGGUGUGUGACGACCUGCAGCCUGAGGCCUGUUACUGCCACAGCCUAUUGGCCAGGGUGGCCUUCCUGCAGGGAAAGGCAGCAGAGGCUCGCAGUGUCCAGCUGAAAGCAGUGGUCAUCAGUGAGAGGGUGCUUGGCUUUGACCAUCCAAACACUAUCCAGCAAUAUACCCUCUUGGGUGUGUAUGUGUAUGCUGGAGGGGAGACCGCCUUGGCUCAGAAGUGUCUCCUCAGAGCUCGUCUGCUGAUGCUAACAGUCCAUGGAGAAGACCAUCCCUACACUGCAAUACUGGAUAACUGUCUUGGGUUGGUGCUGACUGGAGAUCAGACAGAGCAGUUCCUAAAGAAUGCCCUAAGACUUAACACUUCCUUCUUCGGCCCCACAGAUUUGCAUACUGCUCUCAAUCAGCACCUAUUGGCCCAGAGGAUGUGCAGUAAGGGUGACUACCGAGGUGCUAUGACCCACGAAAAAGAGGCCCUCACUGCUUUUACUUCCUUGUUUGGAGAGGAUCACCCACAGUCACGCUGCAGCAAAGAGUUUCUGUGCGCCAUCACAAAACAAGCUGUGCAGGUGGAGCGCUCUCUCAGACAGGCAGGAGCUGACUGCACGGAGCAAACAGUGGAGUGUCUGACGCCCACAACUGAUACCAUUUUGGAACAGAUGGUUCUGGUGACAGGAAUCAGGAGGAUCACACAAAGUGACAGGCUCCAGGAGUAUAAGAAGAAACACCUGGAACGAAAGGCAGCGGCGGCCAGAGAGCUGGGAUUCAAUCUAAAUUACGAGCCCAUCGCCUCAGAAACUGUGAAGGGAGGAGAGAAAAGCUCAGACCAAGAAACAGGACGCGGGAAGGAAGCUCAGGAAGGAGGAAGCCCAGCAGUGGAGAAUAACAGCGAGAGCCAACAGGAGGAAGAUGUGUCUGUGGAGAGCGCUGCUGAAAUUCCAGCUAACGGUCAUGUGGUGGAGUCAGCUGACCAGGACCAGCAUGAUGAGAAAAGAGAUGUAGAUGGAGGAAACAGUGAAGAGAGUGACAGAGCAGCUUCAGAUGCUGAGGUGAAGUUAGUGAAUGGGGAGUCAGAGGUCAGGGCUGCAGGAGAGGAAACGGAGACCAGUGUGCAAAAUGGAGUAGAGGGCAGCACAGCCAACGGGGAGGUGAAAUCUGAAGCAACAUGCAAUGAGAUGAAAUCAGAUGAGAAAGAUGGUGAGAUAAAUGGAGCGGUGAACGUCACCGCCAGCCCGCCAGUCCUGAAGAGUAAAGGGACCUGGGCAGAUGUUGUUGUUUCAAAAGCGGUUAUGACCAAUGGAACAGGAGACAAAGGCACAGCAGUCAAUGGAGUAGCAGACCGUGUCACUGCUAAUGGAGCAGCUGAAAAGUGAACACAUACUGUAUCAAACAAGAAAACAGUGUUGUAGACAAGUUUUUUUUCCCCCAAAGUCACUGCUGUAAGAUGAAACUCUCCCAGGACUGUAGAUGUAAUUUGAUCCAAUGAACAUGAAGCACAGAAUGAGAUGACAGAGAGUGAGAGGAUGAGUAUUACUUUGUGUUGGAUGAUGAUGUUAUUUCUGAUGUGGGGAGAGGGCUAUACUGUUGAGUGUUUUUUUUUCUUUCCAACAAUAAACUUUUUACUCUGGUAUAUUAAA